CUGUGCUAGUUUAAUUCCUAAGAUUUUUUCAUUUUGCAGUUCGUCAUUCAUCCUUUCACACAGAACAUCCUCAGUGAUAGUUAUUACGCGGAGAUGCAGGGAAAGAGCGCCACCAUGUCCUACAUGUUCAUGUUACUUGCAAUAUUCUGCUAUCCUCUGCUUUCUCUUUGCUAUCUCAUCUACCCGGCUAAACCGUUACAUAGAUUCUUAAAGAUACCGAACAUCAAGCUGUACAUGAACGUGGGCUCCGAUAUAACACUGAUGUCAUGUGUGAUAGCUCUGGUGGUUUAUGACUACUCAACACAUCCCAUCAUUACAUUGAUUCUAGAGAUCACUAUCUUCAUCUUCUGCAUAGGAAUAUCUGGCAAACACAUUAAAUUCAUCUACAACCAAGGUCCAGAGAAAUUCUGCUCUUACCCUCUCUCAAUUCUUGAUAGUUUGAUGGUGAAGAUCUGCUACAUAACGCUCUUUGUGGUCUGGAUAGGCAGACUAAUCGUAAGUAGAUAAUGUACAAUUAUAAGAGAGGAAUACACUUGAAUUCGAAUCGCCCCAAAUGCAUAUUUUGAUUGAAAAGCAAAGAUAUCGCAGCUUUAAUUCUCCCAUAGCUUCAAGCAAAACGCAAAGACGAGCUCACAACAAUACCAUUUUUAUUGCAUUUUUUACAGAAUUCGUAAGAGAAUCGGUAGUUUUAC